AUGUGGCUGUUCGACUCUCCGGCGGCGGCUGCGGCGGAGCUUCCCGACCUCCGGAAGUACAGGCUUGCGUUUAUUGAUUUUGUUCAUGGAGUUCUUUCGCUGAUGGUGUUUGUGGCGGUGGCCCUAAGGGAUAAGAAUGUGGUGAGUUGCUUCUAUCCUAGACCUGGACAUGAAGCUCAGGAGGUAUUGGAUAUAGUUCCGAUCGGUAUUGGACUGAUUUGCAGCUUGUUGUUCGUGGUGUUUCCGACGAGAAGGCAUGGGAUUGGUUAUCCAGUCACGACGGACACAAGUGGAACGGACAAGGACUAA